UAGCAGGUAUAAAGCCCUGGCUAAGCCAGAAGAGCUGAAGCAAACCUCAUCGAGGCCAUUCUUCGUCCCCGAGGUCGAGAAUGCUGCGCAAAUCCUUCGCGGUUUGAGCCUCGCGGCUCUCCGUUUCCAGCGCCCAGCGUGGACACGUUCCCGCGCUUUCAGGCGUGAGGGGUCAGAGGGCGCUUCGCCGCGCAGGCGCAGACCCAGGUCGCAGCUGCGAUGGGCGAGGCAGACGGCGCUGAGGAGGCUUGCAGGCACUUGGGAGCUAAAGAAGAAUUUGUUAAAGUCAGAAAGAAGGACCUGGAGCGACUGACAACUGAAGUGAUGCAAAUACGGGACUUCUUACCCAGAAUACUAAAUGGGGAGGUACUGGAAAGCUUCCAGAAAUUAAAGAUUGUAGAAAAAAACCUGGAAAGGAAAGAGCAAGAAUUAGAGCAGCUGAAAAUGGAUUGUGAGCACUUUAAAGCCCGCCUGGAGACCGUGCAGGCUGACAGCAUGAGAGAAAAGAAGGAGAAACUGGCUCUUCGACAGCAGCUGAAUGAAGCGAAGCAGCAACUCCUACAACAGGCAGAGUAUUGUACAGAGAUGGGAGCAGCAGCCUGUACCCUCUUGUGGGGUGUCUCCAGCAGUGAGGAGGUCGUCAAAGCUAUUUUGGGAGGAGAUAAAGCUCUGAAAUUUUUCAACAUUACUGGCCAAACAAUGGAGAGUUUUGUGAAGUCACUGGAUGGUGAUGUCAAAGAGCUUGAUUCAGAUGAAAAUCAGUUUGUUUUUGCUUUGGCUGGAAUUGUAACAAAUGUUGCUGCCAUAGCGUGUGGUCGUGAAUUCUUGGUUAAUUCAAGUCGGGUCCUGUUGGAUACCAUAUUGCAGCUUCUGGGAGAUUUGAAGCCAGGACAGUGUACUAAACUCAAAGUGUUAAUGCUGAUGUCCCUGUACAAUGUGAGCAUCAAUUUGAAAGGCUUGAAAUAUAUCAGCGAGAGUCCAGGAUUCAUCCCUUUGCUGUGGUGGCUUUUGAGUGAUCCAGACGCAGAGGUAUGUCUCCAUGUACUGCGGCUUGUGCAGUCUGUGGUUCUGGAGCCGGAAGUCUUCUCCAAGUCGGCUUCUGAGUUCCGAAGCUCCCUGCCCCUGCAGCGGAUCCUGGCGAUGUCCAAGAGCCGCAACCCUCACCUGCAGACUGUGGCUCAGGAGCUCCUGGAAGAUCUCCGUGCUCUGGAGCAUGACGUGUAGGUGCCCUUAGUGAAAAUGCCAGUGUCCCUUCCCCUCCCCAGUUUCCUCAUUUUGUAUUCCAAAACCAUCACCAUGUGCUAUAUGUUAGAGAUAGCAAAAUGUGACUGACUAGAGAUGGAUGUGAAUUGCUGUGUCCCACGUAACUUCCUCCUGAAGCUGAAAGGACUUUUGAAUGGUUGGUUAAUCUUGCCAAAGAGGAGACCUUUAAAAAAUCCAUCCUUCUGGAAAGGUCCAUGUCUGUGCUACCUGGAAGAGAGCUUUCUUAGAGCAGCUCCUUGCUACUCAGCAGACCAUCCCUGACCUGUAGUUUUAUCUAUAAAAAUUGGAGAUUAAAUAACCAUCUACCCCAUCAGUCAGCAUUUUCCUGAGAUGCACUUUGACAAACAGCUCAUUCUCUGGUAAUUGUAAUUAAUUCCCCCAAAAUGCAAGUUUACUUUUAUAACCUUUCAGUGAACCUGCUACUUCAAAU